AUGGAAGGCACUCACUGCACCCUCCAAUUGCGUAAGCCCAUCACUGAACUCUGCUACAUCAGCUUCUAUCUUCCAAGAGGGGAAGUCAGAGGAUUUUCAUACAAGGGCACUGUAACUCUAGACAAAUCCAAUAAAGCCUUUCAUAACUGCUACCAAGUCAGGGAGGGGUCAGACAUCAUCAGCCUCAAUCAGCAGCCGAACCAACAUCCAGGCGACAUAUUUUUCAAGCAAACGCCCACGAAAGACCUUCUAACUGAGCUGUACAAACUCACAACAGAGAGGCAGAGACUGCUGGCCAACCUGCUGAACUCAGACCACAUCCUGGGGAUUACGAUGGGCAACCAGGAGGGGAAGCUGCCCGAGCUGUCUGUGAGUCUGGCACCCGAUGAUGACUGUUUCCAGAGUGCUGGCAACUGGCGAGGAGAGCCCCCGUUGGGCUCUCUCAACAAGAGGAGCACCCAUGGGAACAAAAAGCCCCGGAGGUUCGGUGGGAGGAGAGAAGGCUUUCAGACAGUCCCUCAGAAAAGGAUAAGAAGAAAAGGGCAUGGGGGCCAGGAAUCAGCUCCUCACAUAGAGAAGGAUCAGAGCUAUUCCAGCAUUCCCUUCCCUCCUUCUCAAGCAAGGCCUAAUCUCCUAGAGGAAAGGGGAAACUUGAUCCUAAAUGGAGCACUCACCACAUCCCUGCGGAGGAGAGAGAGCUGCCCCCCGGUGAUUUCCAGGACACUGGAUGCAGACCCUGGUGUGAGAAGCUUUGGAGUGGCUUCUGAGAACACUGGCCUUGGGAGUGGAGUGCUGCCGUCCAACCACCGCCUCUCUGCGUCAGGAAACGAUGGUGCUCAGGGGCUACCGAAGAGGCCACACAGGCUGGGGCGUCAGCAAACAGGUUUGUCAGAAAGACACAAGGACCCUGAGAAGCACCCAGAGCCAGAGAGGGGCCAGAGGGAGAAACCGACCAAGCAGACUUGCAGGAAGAAAUCUGUUUCCAAGGUGGUGGCCAAAGUCCAGGAUCUGUCUGCUCAGGUGCAAAGAGUAGUUCAAACUCAUCCUGAGGGUGAGGAUAGGAUUGCUAUCCAUCCAGAAGUCCACACCGAGUUGACAUCCAGAGUCAGCCUGCUCACCCUCCCCGGAGCGGAGGCUGGAGCUCAGUGUUCCAGGUUGUGGGUCAAAGAGCAGCAAGGGGACCAGUCAUCAGCCAGAUUAAGAGCCUGUGCUCCCAGUGCUGAGGGGGCUGUAAACAAAGCCCUCCUGAAGGUGAUAGAGAGCGAGAAGUUAGAUGAGGCCACUGAAGGCAAAAGACUGGGCUUCCCUCUUGGUACAAAAGCCACCCACACCCUCCCAGAAACCAGAAGCAAGAGGAAAACUGAGGUACCUCUGAGUGGACACAAAACCUUGAUUCUGGAUCUGCCCCACAGUCUAGGCCCAGACUCCUCAAAGCCCAGAAGGGAUAAGAGACCGCCCCAACCAGCACUGGAAGAGCUCAGCAUGGUGUUUAAUAAUUCAUCUCCUCAGUCCCAGACCGGCACACACAAACGGAUGCCACCUGUUUCCUCUUCUCUGUCUCCAAAGCUGCCCAGCCCUGAACAGCAUCACAGGGUCCUCUGGCCCCUGUCAUUGCCUGGUGAGGGGGUAGCUGCUCUUAAUGACUCACCUGCUAGAAAGAGUGGUGCUGUUUUGGGGUUCCCCUCUGCUGACACCUUGGAGCUACCAUUGUCUACAAAGGUCACGGAGACCAAAGGAGCCAACUCAGACUCCCUCAGAGCAGGCCAAGCCCGGUUGGUGCCUGAGGAACCUUUGGAAAAAAACUUGGGGCCAGGGAAGACCACAGUUCAGCUCCAGUGCCAGUUACCUCCAGGCAUCUCUUCGGAAGGCUUUCCCCGGGAAUGCUCCAUCGAGCAGACAGCAACUAAAGAUCUUCCCAGUAGAGAUGGAAGUUCAUGGGUCCUGGGCUAUAGAUCAGGACCAGCUUGCCCAUUUCUACUCCAUGAAGAGAAAGAGCAGGCAAACAGAAGUGAAUUGUACUUGGAUCUUCAUCUAGACCAGAGCCCCACUGAACAGGACGACAGGACUCCUGGCCGACUCCAAGCUGUCUGGCCACCGCCAAAGACAAAAGACACAGAAGAAAAAGUGGGAUUGAAGUACACUGAAGCAGAAUACCAAGCUGCUAUUUUACACUUAAAGAGGGAACACAAAGAAGAGAUCGAAAACCUGCAGGCCCAAUUUGAACUUCGAGCCUUUCAUAUUCGGGGCGAGCACGCAGCGAUCACAACAAGACUAGAAGAAACCAUUAAGAAUCUCAAGCAUGAGUUAGAACACCGAUGGCGGGGUGGGUGUGAAGAGAUGAAAGAUGCAUGCAUCUCCACUGAUGAUGACUGUCUUCCAAAGACCUACAGAAAUGUGUGCAUCCAGACAGACAGGGAGACCUUCCUCAAACCCUGCGAAGGUGAAAGCAAGACAACCAGAAGUAACCAAAUAGUACCCAAAAAGCUCAAUAUAUCCUCGUUAAGCCAGCUUUCUCCCCCAAAUGAAAACAAAGACACCCCUGCGCCACUUCAGUCUGUGGAAAGUGGCUCAUCUAAUCCUCAGAAGGCAGCGCCUGCCCCUCCUGCCCCACCUCUACCAGCCCUCAUACCUCCACCUCCUCCCCUACCGCCAGGACUUGGAACUUUGCCACUAGCCCCUCCUACACCAUCUAUGAGUGCUGGACCACCACCACCGCCCCCUCCACCACCACCGCUACCUCCAAGUGCUGGACCUCCCCUGCCUCCUCCUCCACCCCCACUUCCUAAUGUACCUCCUCUGCCUGCCAGUGGGGGACCUCCUCCUGCUCCAACACCCCCGGGAAUUGCACCCCCACCUCCACCUGGACUUUUCUUUGGAAUUGGGCCUCCUUCCAGCCAGUGUCCUCGAAAGCCAGCCAUUGAGCCCAGUUGUCCCAUGAAGCCUUUGUACUGGACUAGAAUACAAAUAAGUGAUAAGAGCCAAAAUGCUGCCCCAACGUUGUGGGAAUCCUUAGAAGAACCUGAUAUUCGGGACCCUAGUGAAUUUGAGUAUUUAUUCUCCAAAGACACAACUCAGCAGAAGAAAAAACCCUUGUCAGAGGCCUAUGAGAAAAAAAACAAGGCCAAAAAGAUCAUCAAGCUAUUGGAUGGAAAACGGUCUCAAACUGUGGGGAUCUUGAUAUCAAGUCUACAUUUAGAAAUGAAGGAUAUCCAGCAGGCUAUUUUCAAUGUGGACGAUUCUGUGGUCGACCUGGAGACGCUGGCAGCCUUGUAUGAAAACAGAGCCCAAGAAGAUGAAUUGGUUAAAAUAAAAAAGUAUUACGAGACAUCCAAAGAAGAAGAAUUGAAGUUGCUGGAUAAACCCGAACAAUUCUUACACGAGUUAGCCCUGAUCCCCAAUUUUGCUGAACGUGCCCAGUGUAUAAUCUUCAGAUCUGUCUUUUCUGAGGGUAUCACUUCCUUGCACCGAAAGGUAGACAUCAUAACACGAGCUUCUAAGGGUUUGCUGCACAUGAAGAGUGUAAAGGAUAUUUUAGCUCUUAUUUUGGCUUUUGGAAAUUACAUGAAUGGAGGAAACAGGACUCGGGGACAAGCAGAUGGCUAUAGCUUAGAAAUUCUACCUAAACUCAAGGAUGUCAAAAGUCGGGAUACUGGGAUUAAUCUCGUGGACUAUGUCGUGAAGUAUUACCUGCGUUACUAUGACCAGGAAGCAGGGACUGAAAAGAGUAUUUUCCCCUUGCCUGAGCCACAAGAUUUCUUUCUGGCCUCCCAAGUCAAAUUUGAUGACCUUAUAAAAGAUCUGAGGAAACUGAAGAGACAAUUAGAAGCAAGUGAGAAGCAGAUGAUGGUGGUUUGUAAGGAGUCUCCAAAGGAAUAUCUCCAGCCUUUCAAGGACAAAUUAGAAGAGUUCUUCCAGAAAGCCAAACGGGAGCAUAAAAUGGAAGAAAGUCACUUGGAGAAUGCACAUACAAGUUUUGAAAAAACAGUAGGAUAUUUUGGGAUGAAGCCAAAGUCUGGUGAGAAGGAGAUCACACCCAACUAUGUUUUUAUGGUGUGGUACGAGUUCUGCAGUGACUUCAAGACAAUUUGGAAACGGGAGAGUAAAAACAUAUCUAAAGAAAGAUUGAAAAUGGCUCAGGAAUCCGUCAGCAAGUUGACAUCAGAGAAGAAAGUGGAAACAAAGAAAAUUAAUCCCACAGCUAGUCUGAAAGAAAGACUACGUCAGAAAGAAGCCAGUGUGACCACCAACUAA